CAUUGUGCUUUAUUUUAUUCCGUUGUCAUAUCAGAAUGAUUAUGAAUGACUUUCGAUGUGUUUCUUGUUGGCUGAUAUAAUAGUUGAAUGACGUCAUUCAAGUAAGUGAUGUAUGUAAUGUUUCGUAAGUGAGUCAAUGUAUCGCGUGUCGGUGAUUGCGACUGAUGCUGUAACACAUUUGUAGAUUUAUUACUGCAUCACUAUCAAUCCACUGUAUGAAUAUAAUCAUAGCGCUGUGUGAUUUGUCGAGGGCUCCUUUCUGCUGAAAUGCUGUGCGUGUUUCUCGCAGGUCUUUAGUUGAUUCUGAUCAGAUGAAGUGCUGUUAACUGAAGGGUUCGCUGUGUCAGUCUCUCUAGUAUGUGUGUGAGGAAUGUGUCACGAGUGUGAGAUGAAGAACAGCUUUCAGGUCUUUUACAUGAUGAUAAUCUAUGAUCAUUUACUUUUGACCAGCAAUCUAAAUAUGACUGUGAAUAAUGCAGGAACAUGGUGAAGAUCUCCUGUUUUGUUAAGGUUUGUAUUCUGGUUAUUACAUGCACGUAGAUGAUUACUGCCAAUAAACAAGAAUAGAAACACAGAAGCAUUUUAGGUGAUUUUUUGGUGCUGUUUCCAGUUAGUUCAGGGUUUGUUUAGAAGACUAGAGAUGAAAGAGUCACAGAGACAGCGUGGGAAAAUGAGUGUUCACUCGCAUAAAUACAUGAAAUGAUUUGAUCAGAGUUUUGGUGGUGAUGUAAAGGUUUUUUGAGUCUAAUUUGUGGCUCAGGUUAACAGUGCAAGACAGAACUUGCCUCCUAACCACCGUCUGCUGGCCGGACAGCUUCUCUCUCUGCCUCAUUCAGUACUGUGUAAUUAUCCCACACACGGUCACAAACAUCCCUGCUGUAGAGGAAUGGUUAUAGUGUCCUGAAGAGUCCAACCAGAGGAAAAAUAUGAAGGAAUGAUCUGAGAGUGAAUUACCCACUGAACACAAUCACGCACAAGAAUGCGCAUUAAAUAUACCAUUUCUAUCAUCUUUAUUGUGGCUCUGGUCAUCAUAGAAAAGGAAAACAACAUUAUUUCAAAGGUGUCUGAUAAACUGAGCCCCAGACUGACCCCGCUGCUGAUGCUCAGUGCUUCUCUCCUGUCUGCUGCACAGCACAAUGUCUCGACGGACAGCUCGGCCCAUCAACACCUGAGUAGUCUGCAGAACUCGACUCAGAGCAUCCAGCUGAGCGCGGCGUCCGCAGCCGGAGGACGUAAACACAUCCUUCUGCUGGCCACGACUCGCACCGGCUCCUCGUUCGUGGGAGAGUUUUUUAACCAGCAGGGCUCCAGCAUGUUUUACCUGUUCGAGCCGCUGUGGCACGUGGAGCGCAUGCUGACGGUCGAAAGCGGUGGCACCAACGCGUCGGUCGCGGGGCCAGCGUAUCGAGACGUGCUGCGACAGCUGCUCCUGUGUGACUUCUCACUGCUGGAGAGCUUCAUCGAGCCACCACCGCAGGAUCAUGUUACCCCUGCGCUCUUCCGGCGCGAGUCCAGCCGCUCACUGUGCGAGGAUCCUGUCUGCACGCCACUGGUCAGGAAGGUGUUUGAGCGAUACCACUGCCGUGAGCGCCGCUGUGGGCCGCUCAACCUGACGCUGGCCGCUCAGUCCUGUGCACACAAGCAGCAUCGUGCCAUCAAGUCCGUCCGUGUGCGGCAGCUGGAGACACUCCGGCCGCUGGCAGAGGACCCCAGGCUCGACAUGACCUUCAUUCAGCUGGUCAGAGACCCUCGCGCCGUCCUUGCCUCACGCAUGGUGGCCUUCUCCAGCAAGUAUGACGUUUGGAAGCGUUGGGCCAUGGAUGGAGACCUUCCGGUGGACGAGGAUGAAGUAAGGAAGCUCAAAGGAAACUGUGACAACAUCCGCAUGUCUGCUGAGAUCGGACUGAAGCAGCCACCGUGGCUUCGUGGGCGCUACAUGCUAGUGCGCUACGAAGACAUUGCGCGAUUCCCCAUGCGCAAAGCUGCAGAGAUGUAUGACUUCAUAGGCAUUCCCUUCACUGCAAAGGUGGAGGAGUGGAUCCUAAAAAAUACCCAAGCAUCUAAGGAGGUCAGUGGAGUUUAUUCCACCCAAAAGAACUCCUUGGAGCAGGUGGAGAAAUGGAGGUUUAGCAUUCCCUUCAAACUUGUGCAGCUGGUGCAAAAAGUGUGCGGCCCCACCAUGACUCUAUUUGGUUACAAGUUUGCAGAGAACAUAGACAUGCUGACUGAUAAAUCAGUAAGUUUGAUUGAGGAGAGAACAUUUUUAUGAUUCUACACAUAUAUUUCAUGAGGAAGAAUGAUGAGAUUCAUGAAGUAAUAUGUGACAUGAUUUAAACUCCUUGCAUCACUUGUAAACCAGUAUUGUAAACAAAAUAUUAUUUCCUUAUUUGAUAAAUGGCCAGUGAGCUCAUUUGAUGAAUAGUCCUAGCAGGCAUCUGAAUUCUUCUCUACUGUAUAUACUGUACCAUAUAUAUGUUUGUUUGAGGAGAAAUGAGCUGGUGCUGUGUGUUCAUAUAUUCUUACUGCAGCCGGAUUGCAGAACUCUAUGAACCAUGUCAAUGGAGGACUCAUACAGAAAAAAAUAAUUUUCAUAGAUUAAUAUAUUGUCUUAUUUGACAAGGGCUCUUUGUUAUAAACAAAAGUGACAAAGAAUAAUUUUAUAAUUAUGUUCAUAUUACUUUAGGUCAGUUUGUUACGAAAAACCCAUGGUGUCUUGUAAAACAGGCUUUAAAUUUACCCCAUAGGUAUUAAUAAAGUUUUACUAACCCUU